CUUAGCAAGCAACCCGGCCCGCCGCUUACGGCCGCGCAGCUGCGGCAAGCCGUCGCGGGCUUUUCCGCGUUCAGCGGGCUGCCGCACUCGCCGGCGCACCCCUACUGGCGGAUGCUGCAGCCCGCUGGGCCCGACGAGGUCCUCGAAACAGGGCCGGAGGGGGAUCAGCUGGAGGUGUUUGCGGUGCCGGGGGGGGCACACGACGCGAGGGCGCACGCGCAGCAGCUGGCGGGCGAGUUGGGGGACGACGUGGAUGUUGAUGCGGCGGAGCCGCUGGAGUGGGAGCAGCGGUAG